AUGCUACUGGAAGUGGUUAGUAUCUAUCUGUUGCUUACAUUGUUGGGCACCGUGCAAGCGGCCAACAUACUGUGCCUAACGCCCGUUCCUAGCCCCAGCCAUCACAUAUGGAACCGCGUGUGGAUCGAGGCACUCGCAGCCCGGGGACACAAUUUAACUGUCGUUUCGGCGGACGUGGAACGCAAGCAGACAGCGAACAUAACGUACAUCCAUCUGGAACAUGCUUACUCGGAUCUGCACGAUGAGCUCGAUCUGUUCCAAAUGGCCAAUCGGGGUGCUUUGCUUGGCAUUCGCGAUCUGUACACUUGGGGUACGGCCAUGUGUAAGGGUGUGCUGCGCUCGAACGGAUUGCGUACGAUCCGCUCGUAUCCUGACGACUUUCAGUUCGAUCUUGUCAUUGCCGAUAUUACCUGUGGACCCUGCCUCUUCCCGCUCAUACACCGCUUCGGUUACCCACCGCUGAUUGCCGUGACUGCCUACAACAAUCCACAGUUUACGACGGAUUUCAUCGGUGGCCACAAGCACUACGCGUAUGUGCCGUUCUUUACGGUUAACUACGACUCGGAUAUGCACAUUGGCCAACGGUUCUACAACUGGUUGCUACAUAACGUCGAUCACCUAUAUCGACAUUCUGUUUUUCUGCCAAAGAUAGAGCGCAUGGUGCGGAAUCACUUCCGGUACGAUGGCAUGCGGCCGCUGGGGGAGAUGGAGCGCAACACUACACUGUUGCUGGCCAACUUUCAUUACUCGGUCGAUUUCGCUGAAUCCAUCCCACCGAACCACAUACCGGUCGGUGGAUUACAGAUACUCCCCGUUGAACCCCUGCCCACCGAGCUAAAGGACUUCAUUGCUAGUGGCCCCGCGGGAACGAUCCUGUUCUCGCUCGGUACAAACGUUCGCAGUGCCGAUCUGGGCGAGGAUCGCAUUCACAUGUUUCUGGAAGCGUUCGAGCAACUGCCACAGUUUCAUUUUGUCUGGAAAUUUGAAGAGAGACCCAAUUUUCACAUUCCCACCAACGUGCUGAUAAGACCAUUUCUGCCACAAAGUGAUGUUCUAGCUCAGGCGAACGUAAAAGCCUUCAUCACCCACGGUGGAAUGCUUAGCACACAUGAAGCGACCUGGCACGGUGUUCCGAUGAUCGGCAUUCCCUUCAUAUGCGAUCAGUACCGAAAUCUGCACAAAUCAGUAACAGCCGGUGUAGCGCUCCGGUUGGAUCGAGAUUCGUUGUCAAGCGAGAAGAUAAGACAAGCUGUCCUUGAGCUGACAGGGAAUGCCAGCUACGGAGAUAAGAUGCGCCAGAGAUCAUCGCUGCUUCGCGAUCAACCGGAGCAUCCGCUGGCCCGUGCCGUCUGGUGGAUGGAGUGGACACUACGUCACCCGAACGCAGCCGCCAUCCAGUCACCCACCAAGCGCAUGUCGCUGUGGCAGGCGGAACUGUACGAUGUGAAGCUGCUACUAAUUCUAACCAUCGCACUGAUAGCGUAUCAAGCGAAACGCGUAUUUGCAAGGUACACACGGCAGCCGGUCGUCCAGGGGGACCAGAUGGUGGCCACUGAGAUUGGCAAGAAGCUCAACUAACACAAUAAAACCAUUU